AUGCCGAACACGGGCAAGCCGAGCAGGGACUGUCACUUGUGCCGCAAACGCCGCGUCAAGUGCGACCUCGGCAGACCGCAAUGCCAGCGGUGCAUCAAAUACGGCGCAGAGUGCCCUGGGUACCGGAACCAGCAAGAUCUCCUGUUCCGUGACGCCAACCCAGCCAACACCAAGAAGCGUAACAAGCGCACACAGCAACUCCUUUCAGGUCAGAAUCUUACGGCAUCUUCAUCUGCAUCUGGAUACACCUCAUCCAGCAGCUUCUCUUCGCCAUCCACCAUGAAUUUGGAUACGGGCCUCGACCCCAGCCACAUGGCGACUGGCUCGACUGAGCUCGUACCUCUCGCUGGCGGUGACGGUGCUUUUGGCACCUUCCAAGUCCAGAUGCCCAUGGCCCGGACCAUUAAUGAGCACUGGACCAACCACUCCAUUCCCAUCUUGCUCAAUGUCUAUUCGACCAUGGGAUUUUUGAGCAGAAUGCUCAGUUGCUACCCAACAGAAGGCCCUCUUGUUUGGGCUGCGCAUCUCUUCACAAGAACAUAUGUGAUCAACCUCCGCUUCCCCACGGCCAUCCACAACGAGACCCUAGACGAGAACAGGCGGGAGUUGGGGGCCUACAUGGGCAAGACGAUCAGUGCUGUCGCUCAGGCUCUGAACCAUCCCGAUGGCGUCUUCCGUGACGACGUCCUCGCGACCGUCUGGAUCCUGGCCAACUACGAGAUCCUCAUAGGAUCUCUGGGUCGGGAUCCGUUCCAGAGUAACUGGACUACCCACCUUCAAGGACUCUACACCAUUAUGAAAAGUCGGGGAAUCGAACACUUACGGUCAGACUGCAGCCGAGCGGCUUUCUGGACUGGUUUCAACCUUGUGCAAGUCGGAUGCCUGAUCAGCACCACAAGCUCACACCCCGAGUCGGAAUCCUGGCUGGAAUCUAUGGGCCACGUCAUAUCCGAGGACGAGCGGCUUGCCCUCAUAGCGUCCAUGCUGAUGGCGAAGGUCGCCACGAUACAGUCCCGCAUGUUUGCGCUGGUGCAAGCCGACGACAAGGAGACUGCCGCGCGCGAAUACGUCUCCCUCAUGGGCGGGCUGACGGCGGCCGAGCAUGAAGCGAACGUCAGCUUUGCUACGCCUGAAGUACAAGCCGCGGGCGACGUUCUCGGGUCCUACUGGCGAAACAUGUACUGCGCCACCCUGGUCAAGGGAUACCACAUUGCGCAGCAGCUCGUCAACUUGGUGACCCAUUACCCACUGUGCCCCAUUCCCUUGACCCAACUGGAGACAGAGAGGAACUACUGCCUCGGGCGCGUGAGGAGCUCGGCGCGGGAGAUUGUCGACUUUGCGUCCGAGCACUUUGGCCGCGACCUCCGGACCCAGGACCACUCGCCCAAGACCCUGUUUGAGGCGCUGCGGCUCGUCUGGCCCCUGACGGCCGUCUACAUCACGCAGUCGACCACAUGGGAGCAGACGGCCUCGGCCGGGCGGUUGCUCUUGUACGUGGGCAGGGAGCUCGGCAUCAGACAGGCCCUGGAGGUUUAUCCAAAGUCAGAUCCGGAACGGGGCAGUGUCUAA